CGCACGGAUUGAAGAAAAGAAACUGAAAACGAAGAAAUUUCGAUCGCGAUCGUCUUGUUUGUUGGUAGUGUUUAUGUCGCGCAAAUUAAAGUGCAAAUUUCCCAUCGAAAAAGUGAAUUAUUCCCCCGAAAACUUGCCUAAAGUGUUAGACGGCGAUGCCUAGUUGGUGCUUUUGAUGGAAUGGUUCUAAAUAAGAGCUGAAUUUGAGUGGAAAAAGUGGAUUGAAAAUUCGAAAAUCGACGACGACGACGACGGAGGAGAAAGAAGCUCUCAGACGGAGUGACUUCAAUUCGCCUGCAGCAAGGAACGGGUCGGUGGUCCGCCACAGCAUCAACGCAUUCAUACGGAUAGCUAUAAAGAUUGCGGACGAGAGCAGAGCAGCAGAAGCAUAAAAAUUCCGACCGUGGUGUGCGUGAUUUGUGGCGAUUUCGAGUUGGAUUUUGCUAGAUUCGGGUUGGAAUGUGUGUACGGAGGAUAAUCCGGGAAGAAAAUAGGAUUUUUGGGCUGGAACGUUGAAUGAUUCCAAGGUUGUGAAGGAAGUGCGAUUGUUAUUAGGAUCGAUAUUGCUCGCCGAGGACUGUAAAACCGUUGUUCGCGAGGAGAUUGUUGAACCCACGACGGCGAUCGGGGAUAAUGACAGCUUUCUAUAGUUAAAGACUUUCGGUACAUGUGUAUGCGUGGUCAAUAGUGGAAAGGAAUGCAGCAACAGGCCCAUCCAGCGGAGUGUUUCACAACAGCAAAAAUAAUUGGACGAUCGACGAUCAUUGCUGCUGGCGGAUCAUCCGUGAAAGGCGAAAACAUCGGAAUCCAUCGCCCAUGGUGGUGUGAAAUGAGUAUUGAGGAUUGAUAAACGGCAACAAAACAGACGUUCGUCAUGCACGGCCACAGGAGAAGGAAGAAACGGCCCAGCUAUGGCAUUCGAACAGUGGAGGUCAACCGGGGGUUCAACGGGUUCGGAUUCACAAUAUCCGGCCAGCAACCGUGUAUUCUAUCGUGCAUUGUGACGAAUUCCCCGGCCGACAUGGCCGGAUUGAGAGCGGGCGAUUUCCUGAUAUCGGUGAAUGGAUUGAAUGUGUCCAGAUUACCGCACGAGGCCGUGGUGCAGCUGAUUGGGAACACACGGGGAGCUAUCAAGAUGGCAAUCGCUGAGAAUUACUACUCGGAUAGUUCGGAUGAGGACAUUUUGUUUCAGGGCAGUCAGCAGCGAUCGCGUCCCAAAUAUCCUCAUCACAAGACAAAGUUCCAUCGCACCACUACCGUUGGUAAGCAGCCGGGCGUUCCUCCGGCAGAUCUGGUGGGCACCUGUGAAAGUGCCACGGCAAUGGUGGUGAACGAUUCUCCGACGGCGUACAAUGUAAUCCAUAGUCCCAACGCGAGCAACAGCUGUGAUAUCUCCAAUGUGAGUGCAAUGGUACGAUCGGUUCAGCUGGGUCAAGAAGAUGAGCCACGAGCUGGGCCGUCUCAGCCGCGGGAAGGACCGGAGGGAUCGCUGGAAUACAAAGCCAUUGUGGGAUAUCUGGGAACAAUCGAAAUGCCGAAGCAAAUUGCUACUAGUUCCAAACUGCAAACGGUUCGCAGCUGCAUCAGAAAAAUGAGACAGGAGAAACGCAAUCCGACGACGGUUCUGAUGACGAUACUUCCAUCCUGCUUGAAUCUGAUCAAUACAAGCAAUGCAGUGAUUGCCAAAUAUUCUUCUGUUCGUUUGAACUACGUGAGCAGCAGCAGUGAGAAUGACAACAGAUACUUUGGCUUGGUUACUUCCGCGAUCUACGCCGACGGAUUGAUGUGCGAAAACUCUGACAUUCUCAAUCAGAGAAAAGACGUCGUUAUUUCCAACAGUUGCCAUGUAUUUGUUAUCGAUUCGAAACUGGUGGAACACCCCAUUCAUUUCGAAAAGGCUGAACUUUUCAAGAUUAUUUGUACGAAAGAUCCUAUCUCAAAUCUGUGCCUGGAAUUCCCCAGCAACUCGGAAUAUGUAGUAAAUCUUAUCCGUAGCAUGUACAAUCUCAAGGCACCUAUUAAACCGGAUGGAGUCCCGUAUGGCAAACCACCUGUGGCGAGAAGCCUGAACCUAGAUCAAGCUCCCCGGGGUUAUCAUAGAGGAAUAAAUGAUCCUCGCCUUAAUCCACGAGCCAUAGACGACCCUCACGAUUUACUGGUCUCGAACUCUCCUCAACCUAGUAAUCAUAGUGAAAUUACAACAACUUCAAGCAACUCCGAUUCCGGCAUUGGAUUCCACAACGACUGCCGCAAUAUAUCCGACCGGAUUUUAGUGGUAGACUUCCCGGGCAUUCCGAAUCAUCAGCAAAUUGCCAACGUACGAGCCCACUUCCGUAAAUCUGUUCCGUUCGGUGCUCUACCCAAUCGUCCCACCGGCAUUAUACACGAGCUCCCUCCGAAACUGGACCCAAUUCGAAAUAUCCGGUCAACCUUGGGUCCCGACCAAUUCGCCCCGCAAAUAUUCCACGGCAAGUCUAAAUCGGCCGACUACAGCUAUCCUUCGACCUCCGGUAUCGAUCGGCUCACUGUACGAGCACGUCCGGACACGAAGGCCUUCGAAGCGGAUCGGUCGCCAAGUAAGGACAACGCUCUCAACAGUUUCAACGAACCCGAAUGUCCCCCCAAGUAUGAAUCACUCUAUCCCCAACUCCCUUCGCUAGACGAUGACGGCUGGACUUCCGGAAAAACCGUCGACGACUUAGGCAACGUAGUUCAGGAACGUGCCAUCGAUGUCCCCAAGCUGGAAGAAGUUUUCCUCGAUCUGCAGCGUUACAACAGCGACAACGUGAAAAACAGCAUGCUUGCGGCUCGUUCCUGCGACGACAUGAUCCUGUCCCUCGAGAAGGAAAUUCUCGACUCCAAAGUGCCGCUCUCUAUCGACGAUCUAACGCUACUGAACAAAAAGCCAUCUACCCCGCCGGAACCGGAACACGUUUUCCUACAGCCGGCCAAACCCAUCAAACGAUCCAAAAAAGCUUGCACGCAUAAAAACCCCUCCGGAGGCAAAGCAGCGGACGAUCCGCCUGCCGGUUCCUCAUCGAAUCGAUCCAGCUCGCAGCUCAUGUCUUACAAACUGAGCCCAAAAGUGUUCGGUCUCUCGCGGCCGCUCUCGAUGAGUUUCGAGAACAUUUCGAUGGGUGAUGCGACCCGGAAGCUAUCCAAGGAUAAGGACGCACACGGGGAUGGUGGCGAAAGACGGAACCGCCCAGCGAAAAGACUCAGCGGAGGAUUCUCCGCUAUUUGGGGUAGUUUGCAAGAGUUGCGGAGUAGCUCGAAGCAACAGGAGGACUCGGGUGGCGGGGGUGUGGGUGGUAGUGAUACUGUGGUGAAUAGUGCCGAAGUGUGCGAGAAACCGAGCAGGAAACAGGAACGAAGGCUGAGCGGGUUCAAAAUUCUGGAGGGAACGUAUAGUGAGCCGGAUCUGCGAUAUGAUGAGGUGAGUGAGCAUCAUUCGGCGGAUGAUGAUAACAAGCAAAUCAACCACAAUGCUUCGCCGUUCCGUCGCUGGGGUCAAUCGUCGCUGCGGUCCCGCUCGGGAGAUCAACGGACACCGGGUUCGUCGCACCGACGGCCAUCGUCUCUGGCUGCCUCGGAGAGCGAUGUCUACACGAAGUCUAUCGACGAUGACUACAGCUCGACCAAGAGCGGAUACAAUCCGUACAUGGAUGCUGCCAGCACGGCAACGACGGACUCGACGCAAACAGCGGGCGGCACGGGCAGCAACAGCACUGGAGGUCCGGUGGGCGUUGCUUCUUGGGGAACCUCGUUUGAGAAACUGUUGGAAGAUGCAGCUGGACUGCAUACGUUUUCAGAAUAUCUCAAAAAAGAGUUCUCCGCUGAAAACAUUUAUUUCUGGACGGCUUGUGAACGUUACCGGCAGAUUACCGAUCGGGAGGAACGCGCCAAGGAGGCACAAUCCAUAUUUGCCAAACAUCUGGAAUCGGGUUGCGGUGAGCCGGUGAACGUGGACUCGAUUGCACGGAACAUUGCCAAGGAGAAUUUGCCGCAGGCAGAACCUACGUUGUUUGCCGCUGCCCAGAAGCAAAUUUUCAACCUGAUGAAGUUCGACAGCUAUCAACGGUUCAUCAAGUCGGACAUGUACAAAACAUGCCAGGAUUCGGAGGCAAAGGGGCAUCCUUUGCCCUAUCCGGGUGAGCAGUUGGACCCGCUGUUGAGGACCGGGUUUACUCUGCAAAGUGCAACCAAGCUGAAGAAGUCGUUGAGUAAUGCUGAAGACAGGCGGAGGAAAUCGUUGCUGCCGUGGCAUAGGAAGACGCGGAGCAAGUCAAAGGAUCGUGGCGAUUCGGAGAGUCGGAAGGAGAGUGGAAAAUCAUCGCUAUCCAAUGGGGGAGGGACCGGUGGUAGUAGCAAUACAUUGAAGGUUUUGUCUACCAAUUCUACUAGUGAUAUUCAUAGUUCUAGGAGUUCUUUAGCUAGCUUUGAUGCCGCCAUCGGCAAGUCGUACGAUCAGGACGACACCCGCAACACUCUGUGCCGUGUGAUAUUGUCGAACGGAGCGACGACGGUGGUCCAGACGCGCUCCAACGAAACCAUCAAGGAACUAGUCGAACGAUUGCUGGAGAAACGCGGCAUCGUUUACAAUGCGUACGAGGCGUUCCUGGCCGGCAAUCACAAACCCCUGGAUCUGGACGGUCCGUCUUCUAGUCUCGCCGGGAAGGAAGUGAACAUCGACCAACGGGUGGUGUUCAAAUUGAGUCUUCCGAACCGAAAGAUGAUUUCCGUCAAAAGCAAAGCCACCAAGCCGUUGGGCGACGUCUUGAGGCCGAUUCUGUUGAAGUACAACUACGAGUUGGACCAGAUGAACGUCUACUCCAAGGAUGCGUACCUGGAUAUGACAUAUCCGGUUACCAGUGUGGACGGACUGUGGUUGCAGGUUCGUAACGGAAACGAAAGUGAAUUUCAUCAGGAUCUUACGCGAACCAUUGCUUCGCGGUCCGAAAGAGCUUACGCUAAUCAGGUACCUCCGCUCCCUAUUAUCGCUACCUCCCAGCACCAGCAGAUCAUUAAUCAUUUCCAACAGCAAUUGCAUCAACAAGCACACGCCCAGCCACACAGUUUUGCAAUGCCAUCAUCCAACGGAAGCGCUUCCAAUUACAUUACUAAAAAGUCCCAAAACAUGUACAGCAAUCAGUCGUAUAACAACAACAAUAACAACUUCCAGUUGAAGAGCAAAGAAGACUUCAAAGACGAUACCAAACAGGAGCUCAACAUGCUGGACGAAAUCACCAACAAAGUUUUCAACGAGCUGAUGAACGGUAAGAUUGCCAACGGGAAAACUCCAGAAGACUGUACCUCGGAUAGUUCAUCCACCAGGAGGGACCGAUUCCGGAGGCGGGGAUCUAACGCCCCGUCGGAAAGUGGCCGAGGAGCUAAGAGCAAGAAAUGUUCAACUGCUGGCUCGGAGGAUGGUGGUGAAAGUGUUAACAACGUGGGAACCAAAAAGCCCAUCAUUGCCAAACUGAAGGCUGGUGUGAAGUUGCAAAUCCCAACGCGAUCGCAAAAUGACGAACUUCUGGAAGGCUUGAAGCGUGCCCAGCGUUCUCGCCUAGAGGAUCAAAGAGGAACUGAAAUUAAUUUCGAGUUGCCGGAUUUCCUGAAGGAUAAGGAAAAUUUCACAUCCACCAGUCAAUCGGCUACGACAACCACAUUGGCCACGGCAACAUCCGCCACCACUAUCGCACCCACCGGGGGACCUGCAAAUCCUACAAAGCUCACCCGAAGGCCUGGUGUCAAGCGACCAGAGUUCACCACCAGUUCAUCCGUAGAGUUCCCACUGAGCACCAGCACCAACGGAGGAUCAUUACAGCAAAUCAACCGACCACAGCCGGCCCCACGAUUGUCCAUCACCAGUACCCGGGGUCUAGUGGGUAGUGGGAGCAGCCCGACGUCUCCCGGCGUGUUGCCAGUGCAUUCGGCUUCCAGUGAAAGUAAUUUGAACAAUCUUUUGCUGCGAUGCAAUGCCUCUCCCUUGAUGCUGGACGACAACGGCAACGGAUCACAGUCGGAAAACAGUUAUGCAGACACGACUUUGAUUUUUACCCACGGUCCCGUUAAUACAGCCACGUCCCCCGAGACAUCGCCAUCAGCCCGCACCGCCCACCUUCGAGGGUCAAAUUUUCACCUGAGUACGGGUGACAGUUACGAUCCUUCACAACCUAGUAACGACCCCCAGGACACAAAUCCCUCGGGCAGCUAUCAUUCGUACCACCAUCACCACCACCACCAUCAUCAUCACCAUCAGUCUGGCCAUCAUCCCCAGCAGCAACAACAGCAGCAGCACCAUCACCAUCUCACUGCAAGUACCAGCAGUGGCAGCUCAACCAGUACCAACAGCAUCAACACAGGCACCAAUACCAGCAGCAGUAGCAGUAGUAGCGAUGCCGACAAUCAGAAGGGACCACCACCUUUGCCACCGAAGCCAAAAAUUCUUCCCAUCAAACCGUCCAACUGGGGCCACGCACCACCAGGGUCCAACAGUAGCAGUAAUGGCAACAGCAUGAGCACCAGUUUAUGUAACCUAUCUACUAGCUCAACAAAUGGGAACGGUAUUAUUGGUAAUAGUAAUAGUAGUAGUAGUCAAAACGGUGUUAGUAAUAGUAAUAGUAACAGUAACGGAAGUGGCAGAGAUCGACGAUCGUCUGGUCAGCAGCACCAGGGAGGCUCACUGGAACGUCAUUCUCAGUCUCAGCAACAGUCGCAGACGAGGAGCGUCUUUCUGGACCACACAACCAGCAGCUUUGUGUAACGAGAUGGAAGAUAUAAUGUACAUAUGUUAGGACAAUUCAAGAUUUACUGUAUUAAAUGUGAACAGAUUUUUUAUUCGGCAAUACGCUUCAGAAGCUGUUUUGUACGUAUUUUUCCUAAGCUGUGCACGUAUUUUGUCAUAAAUUGAUUUUAUUUAUUUUGCUGUCGACUGUCUGUAUUAUUUCAGAACUUUUUCACUUCACUAUGUAGAUAUGGAGAUUUAUAUACUGAAAAUAUAACUAAUGUUUUUUUUAAA